AUGGUAAUCCAGUGCGACUGUGUACCGCCCCAGCAAGCGAUGGCAUCGCUGACAAGUUUAGAUCCUAAGCAAAGCAUCCUUAAAGAAACUGCCCUCGAUACACUCACCGCCGACUUCAGUCUCCCAAGCAGCAGCCUUUGGAGAUGGUAUCUUCGCGAGUGGGCCUUUGGCCGUCGUGCCGAGGCGGCUUUUCUCGAAUACCGCGACAGCUUCCUCACCCCCAGCACUGCCAAGUUGCAAGAUACACCGGUCCCCACACCAUACGAGGUCGCAGACAUGGAGCUCAACACUAGCCAUGUCUUUGCCGGUGCCGACAAGGCCGGCUUCACGGCCAACGACCAUGCGCUACGGUUCUGUUUUGAGCUGCUGCAUGCGUCGAGCGCCCACGGCGUGUGGAACCCGCUGUGCGACGUAAAGCCGCCCAAGAAGGCGGCAGACGACUGGGUCGACUUCUUCAAGCCGGGCACGGCUGCCGUCCUCGAGCGCGAGCUUAAGAAGCUGGGCCGGGUCGAGGCGCCGCCGGCCGAGGAUAAGCUUUUCGGCGCCGCCGUCGGGGUGCUGCGCGUGUGGAUAGAAGAGUGGAAGGUCGGAUCUCACGACUACGCCGCCUUUCUUCGCGCGACCAGACCGCCCCUUCGCGAGUCGCGGGCCACUGCGAACCCGCCACCGACGAAGGUUCGGAGUGGCAUUUCUCCUCGGAUGACAAGAAGCCAGACGGCCAAGUUGAAAUUGUUGUCCUGA